CAUUAGUCUCAUCUCUCACAAGCAAAGUAGAUCGUCUCUUAUCUCUUUCCCAUGGCCUCACCACAAGCAACCAAACUGUCUCUUAUAAUCAGAUCUCAAAGGUUGGCUUGUUGGCAGCACUGAGACAUCAAACAUGGUUACUCUCUUUCACUCUUAAAAUCAAUUAACCCUAAAAAUCAUUUUUUUCAGUAUUAAUCCCAAAAGUUCCUCUCUCAUCUCUCUAUCUCCAUUAAAGCACUUCACAAGCAAAAAGAUCUGAGCUCUUAAAUGAGUUUAAGAUCUUCUUCGGUUCCUCCUGCAAGAACUGGGUCUUACCUCGUGUACUUUCUCUAAUCUGGCUUUAAUCUCUACUAAACCCCAAGAAGAAAAAUGGAUAUGAGAAGCCAUGAAAUGAUAGAGAGAAGAAGUGAUGACAAUGGCAACAACGGUGCUGGUAACAUUAGUAGCAUUAUUACUAAUGAAGAUAAUUGUAACGGUAAUAAUAAUAACAACAACACUCGUGUCUCUUGCAACUCUCAAACCCUAGAUCACCACCAGUCCAAGUCUUCCUCCAACUCCGCCGCCGCCGCUAAAACCAACGUGCGGUACCGGGAGUGUCUCAAGAAUCACGCGGCGAGCGUCGGCGGAAGCGUACACGACGGAUGCGGCGAGUUCAUGCCGAGCGGUGAAGAAGGAACGAUAGAAGCUCUCAGAUGCGCCGCCUGCGACUGCCACCGUAAUUUUCACCGGAAAGAAGUCGACGGUGUUGGAAGCUCUGCUCAUCACCACCGUCACCACCAUCACCAGUACGGCGGAGGAGGAGGAGGAGGAGGAGGGAGAAGACCGCCGCCGUCGAACAUGAUGCUUAACCCGCUCAUGCUUCCUCCGCCGCCGAAUUACACACCGAUGCACCACCACAAGUACGGAAUGAGUCCUACCGGGGGAGGAGGGAUGGUGACGCCGAUGAGCGUCGCUUACGGCGGAGGAGGAGGAGGAGCUGAGUCGUCUAGUGAAGAUCUGAAUAUGUACGGACAAUCGAGCGGAGGUGCUUCGGCGGGGCAGGUGGGGUUUUCGAAGAAACGGUUUAGGACAAAGUUCACGACGGAGCAGAAGGAGAGGAUGAUGGAGUUUGCGGAGAAGCUAGGGUGGAGGAUGAACAAGCAAGACGAAGAGGAGCUUAAGAGGUUCUGUAAUGAGAUCGGAGUUAAGAGACAAGUGUUCAAAGUGUGGAUGCAUAACAACAAGAACAAUGCCAAGAAACCAUCAACUCCAGGAACUCUCUAAUGAUGUAAUGAUUAAGUACUUAAUCAAGCGAUUAUGUCAGAGUUUUUUUCUUUUAAUCUACUGUUGUUGUUUUUUUUAAUGUUAUCUAGGUUUUUGUAGCUAGCUAGUACGAUCUUUGGAUCAAUCAAUGGAUGUUUUGAUUGCGUAGUUAAUGUUUUUUUAAUUUGGUUUACUUUUUAUUAUUUUUCUGUGUUUUUGUCUUUUACCCAGAUCGUACUUGUAAUCAGCUUCUUUUACUUGGUAGUUUAUGCUUCUGUCUUUCUUUUUUU